ACACGCGUUCUGAUUGGACGGUUUUGGUUUUUAACUUUGCCGUCCGUGCGCGCGUGGCUGAAAUGAAAACUCGACGAUGCGCUCGUGCUAGGCUCGUGUUUGCACAGAGCGACUGUAACUUUAUGGGCCCCGAACGGCUCGAGCAUGAAAAGCGAGGACGUGACUUCUUCGCACGACAUGCAGAGCCCGAAGCCUGGAGCCGCGGUGCUUCCGUUUAGCGUGGAGGCGCUCAUGGCGGACCGGACACCGAGCCGGACUGACAAAACUGCCGUGUCGCGCGCACUCUGGUGCGAGGACGCAUCCUCCUUCUCUUUCUCCUACUCGGUUGUGCGCGAGGGAGAUGCGCCACUGGAGGCGAAGAGCCCUGAGCGCGCGGACCGGAGCUCGUGGACGGAGAAUUCUCGUUUCUCCCCUCCUCCUCCAAGGCGGCUCAGUCCUCCCGCGUGUCCCCUGAGGAAACACAAGACCAACCGGAAGCCACGCACCCCGUUCACCACGUCCCAGCUGCUUGCACUGGAGCGGAAGUUCCGGCAGAAGCAGUACCUGUCAAUCGCGGAGCGUGCCGAGUUCUCCAGCUCGCUCAGCCUGACGGAGACGCAGGUGAAGAUCUGGUUCCAGAACCGGCGCGCGAAGGCCAAGAGGCUGCAGGAGGCCGAGCUCGAGAAGCUGAAGUUGGCCGCCAAACCCAUGCUGCCUCCGGGCACUUUCGGGAUUUCCUUUCCGCUUGGGGCGCAUGUGCCCGCGUCCUAUGGAGGCGGCGGCGGCGUGCACGCAUUUCAGAGACCUUCAGUGCCCGUUUCACCCGUCGGACUGUACGCAGCAGCGCACAUGGGAUACAGCAUGUAUCACUUAGCAUGAAGCGCGUGCGAUAUUGUCAUUUUCACCCAGGGAUUUAGAGGCAUGAUAAAUCAGACGGAAAACUGGCGAGCAUAAACACUUCCACUCAUGCGCCACCAGAACCGACAACUAAGUCGCCAG